AUGGCUCAUACACUUACUACAUUUUCUGAUGUUCCUCCUCCACCAACACGGCCAGAUAAAUUUAGUUCUCGCGAAGAGCUCAAACAGUAUCUACAACUCAUACAUGAAUAUUAUUCCAUCAUUGGCCGACCACGUUUCGGGCGUGCAUUAACCGAAAGACAAUCAAGUCUUAGUGAUCGACAUCUUUUUAAUUUCUUCGAUAUCGACGGUGAUCAAUCAAUAACAUUCGACGAAUUUCACAAGCGAUUCGGAAAUGAAUAG